UACGAUGAAGUUGCAAGACAACAUGCAGCGUCGUGUGUUUCUCUCUCUGUCUGUCCUCGAUAUGAUCUGUCCAUCACUGCAUUUCCAGCUGUGAAAUCUCAAAGCGACGCAACGCAACUCACAGACUCUCCAAUCCGCCUUCCUUGUACCCUCAUUUUGAUGCUCAUCCCUCGCGUAUACUCAACUAGAUCCCCCCGGCCCUUUGCAUAUAUGGCGUUUUAAUUUGUGUCCAUCUCCGAUUCAAUCAAGAAAUUAGGACAGAAUGGCACCCAUCAUUAUCAUCAUCUCCAUCUGCUUAUUCCUUCUCCUCACCUUUUCCUCUACCACCGCUUGCGAUCGUUGCGUCCACCAAUCCAAACUCUCUUCUGUUCUCCAGUCUGCAGGCGCUUGCGGCUAUGGCUCCAUGGCUGUGAGUUUCAACGGCGGCCAUAUUGCUGCCGCCGGUGUGAAAAUUUACAAAGACGGAGCCCGUUGCGGUGCUUGUUAUCAGAUACGAUGCAAGAACCCAAAUUUUUGUACCAACCAUGGGACCAUCGUCAUGGUAACUGAUCUUGUCACCAGUACUAAUGAAACAGAUUUUGUGGUCAGCACUGGAACUUUACGGGCUAUGGCUAACAUGGGCAAUGAUCAAAACAUCCUUCAACUUGUAAACACUAAUCUUGAUGUCGAAUAUAAAAGGGUGGCAUGUGAGCAUGGAAGUAAUAACUUGGCAAUCCGGGUAGAAGAGUCAAGCCAAAGACCAAGUCAUCUAGCAGUCACGUUCUUGAACCAAGGUGGCCAAACCGAAAUCAUCGCCGUCGAUGUCGCUCCGGUUGGGUUUCCCAAUUGGAGUUUUAUGAGGCGGAGUACCCGCGGGGGAGCUAUUUGGGAGACGAGCGCAGCUCCAAGCGGCCCGCUGCAGUUCCGGUUGGUGGUCACGGCGGGGUUUGACGGCAAAUGGUAUUGGGCAAGUAACGCUUUGCCGGCGGAUUGGGAAACCGGGAUGAUAUAUGAUUCAGGAAUACAAAUCACCGACAUUGCCCAGGAAACCGAUUGCUCCCCCUGUGAUGAUGGCACCUGGUGACACAUUAUAUUGUAAAUCAACCACACACACAUCUUUUAACUUAUUAAUUUAUUUAUUAUUGCUUUCAAUUCAACCAAUAUUGUAACAUAAUUGUACUAAUUAAAUUAUAAAUUAAUUGUACCCGAAUAUUUUACAAGAAA